AGACACAGGUGCAUGUGUGCGUGGGUGGCUCGUGAAGACACAAGAAAAGAAAGAGAGAGGUGUUUUUGUCAUGAUAUAUGUGUGCUUGUCUGUGGGGAUAAAGAAAAAAGAUAAAGAGUUUUUUUUUGUGUUUGCCUUUUUAGAAAUCUUUUGCCUCGUUGUCUCUGAGUUGUUGAAAUAUCUUCUCUCUUUCUUCUUUCUGAUUUCUGGAUGGACUCAACGAGGAGGAUUCCAAUCUCAAUCUCAAUCUCAAUCUCAAUCUCUCCUCUCUUCUUUCCACAAUUAUUGCAGUAAAACCCAUCCUCUAUCUUGUUGACUACUUACCCCCCUUCUCUUUCAGCAGCUCAAGUAAAGAAUGAAUGGUGUUGCAUCUCUUGAUUCAGAUCAAUCUGAGUUUGUUGAAGUAGAUCCCACAGGGAGAUACGGAAGGUAUAACGAGAUUUUGGGGAAGGGAGCUUCAAAGACAGUUUAUAGGGCUUUUGAUGAGUAUGAAGGGAUAGAAGUGGCUUGGAACCAGGUAAAGCUUUAUGAUUUCCUUCAAAGCCCUGAGGAUCUGGAGAGGUUGUAUUGUGAAAUCCAUUUGCUAAAAACCUUGAAUCACAACAACAUCAUGAAAUUCUACACAUCUUGGGUGGAUACUGCCAACAGGAACAUGAACUUUGUCACUGAGAUGUUCACUUCUGGUACCCUUAGACAGUAUCGGCAAAAACACAGGAGGGUUAAUAUAAGAGCAAUCAAGCAUUGGUGUAGACAGAUCUUGAAAGGCCUGCUUUACCUCCAUAGCCAUGAUCCUCCUGUCAUCCACAGAGAUCUUAAAUGUGACAAUAUUUUUGUUAAUGGGAAUCAAGGAGAAGUCAAGAUUGGUGAUUUAGGGCUAGCUGCAAUCCUCCGUAAAUCUCAUGCUGCUCGCUGUGUUGGAACACCAGAAUUCAUGGCUCCUGAGGUUUACGCUGAGGAAUACAAUGAAUUGGUUGACAUUUAUGCCUUCGGAAUGUGCAUUUUGGAGAUGGUCACAUUUGAAUAUCCUUACAGCGAAUGCACUCAUCCUGCCCAGAUCUACAAGAAAGUUAUUUCAGGGAAAAAGCCGGAUGCUUUGUACAAAGUUAAGGACCCUGAAGUGCGACAAUUUGUGGAGAAAUGUCUUGUUACAGUUUCUCUUAGGCUUCCAGCAAAAGAGCUGCUGAAAGACCCCUUCCUUCUGCCUGAUGAUUAUGGCUAUGAUUUGAGGCCAAUCGAUUAUUGGAGAGAAUUUGACCGAAUACCUCUCAUGAAUAAUCAUUUUACCAAUGGCCCACCACCCGAUAACUACUCUAAUUAUCUUGGUUAUGAACCGGAAGGGAAUGAAAUUGAACUAUUCACGACCCAAGAAGAAGACCAUCUUGAAGACGUUGAUAUUUCUAUCAAGGGAAGGAGGAGAGAAGAUGAUGGUAUAUUCUUAAGGCUACGAAUUGCAGAUAGAGAAGGGCGUGUUCGGAAUAUUUACUUCCCAUUUGACAUUGAAUCCGACACAGCAUUUAGUGUUGCAAAUGAAAUGGUUUUUGAGUUGGAUAUCACCAAUCAAGAUGUCCAUAAGAUAGCCGACAUGAUCGAUGGUGAAAUUUCUUGUUUGGUGCCAGAAUGGAAAAGGGAGUUAGGCCUACUAGAAGAAAGCCCUCAUCAUGAAAACAACGGUUACUGUCAAAGUUGCGAGUCAAAUGGUUCUCGAACCAACUACUUGUCCACAAGAAGUACUCCAGCCAAGAACCUACUUCACUGCUCAAGACACCAUUGUGGUGCUAUUCAUGGCCGCUUUGAAGAAAUAACAUAUCAAUUUGAAGGGUCCGAGCAGUGUGUUACAGAAGGUGCACCAGUUGUGUCGAGCCAAUCUGAUGGAUUACAGUAUUCUGAUAUAUGGGCACAACAUGAAGUAGGCACCAGCGAAUAUCAGUCAUGUACCGAAGAUGAACCAGGAGAAAGAGAAGUUAGCAAGUCCUUCAAGUUAGGGGUAUUGGAGGAAACCGAGACCGCUUCAGCCGCUCCUGAUCUUACUGAUGAUUACGAAAAUGAGAUUCGACAAGAAUUGAGGUGGCUCAAGGCUAAGUAUCAGAUGGAGCUAAGGGAGCUACGAGAUAAACAACUAGGGCUCGCACCAAAAGUUGUUGAUUCAACAUCUAAUGCAAAUACAACAGAUAACUCAUCAUCCUUGUUGCGAGAUGAGAAAGAUGAUGAUCGUUUACCGAAAUCCUUGGCUUCAGGAACACAUUUUGGUUUUUUCGAUGGGCAAAAUGAGUCAAAUUUUGAAGAAAGUUAUGGAACAUUUAGCACAACCAAGAGUUUGUGCACAGGGGACUUGCUGCCACAAGCUCUUCAUAGGGCAACUUCCCUUCCUGUUGAUGCCAUAGAUGCUUGAGAUGAGAUUGGUUUUUCCUUACUAUUUUUUGCACCCCAGGAUGAAUAAGGUGAUGAUAGAUUGUCUGUAGUUGUCAUAUUUUGUACAGCCCUCAGCUCAAGGUGGAAAAUACCAUCGUUUUGAGAUCUGUUGUGAGAGUGUACAUUGCCAUCUAAUAUCAUACUUAUAUACACAUGGGGUUUUCCCUUGAUCAUCAUCGUCAUCGCUUGAUUAGACUGUCUCGACUAUAUUUGGAAGGAAUAUAUAUAUUUUUAAUU